GCCUAGCAGCAGCGGACACGGCGUAAACAAAGCAGACCGUUACAUACGGGCUAAUUGGCUUGUAGGUCACGAAUCCGCAAUCUGAUGUAUUUCAAAUCUUCAUUCUCUAAUUUUUUUUUGUCACAACAGAGACAAAUAUGUGGAUUUUUCGAUAACGGAUUAAUCAAAACGAAAAGAGCGUCUACGGUUGGAUCAUGGAUCGGAGGGUAGACUAGCCCGAGGUUGCUAACAGAUUUGAGAGAAAUUACAGUUUUAGGACAGUGUCAUUGCAAAUAACUUACAGAUAGGCAAAGUGUACACAUGGGGAAAACAUAAAACGGUGCGAUAGAGGUAAAACAUCACGCUUUUAUCCCCUAAAAUGGCUGCAGAAGUGGGUUUGCUAUGUAGCUAAGGACCUCUCCAGCUGGACGCCUUGUUGUUGUCACCACGAAGGGUGCCUGGAUGACCACUUGAUCGCAGUCAUCUGGACUUGGACUGCGAUGUUUAGUCUGAUGGCGAACUGCUGCAACUGGCUGAAGCGAUGGAGAGAACCGGCGAGGAAAGUAACAUUGGUCAUGGUGGGACUGGACAAUGCAGGAAAAACCGCCACUGUCCGAGGAAUUCAAGGAGAAAACCCACAAGAUGUAGCGCCCACUGUGGGAUUCUCCAAAGUGGAUCUGAAGCAGGGAAAAUUCGAGGUCACCAUUUUUGACCUGGGCGGCGGGAAGAGGAUCAGGGGAAUUUGGAAGAAUUAUUACUCCGAAUCCCAUGGCGUGGUGUUUGUGGUGGACUCCACAGACGUGCAAAGGAUCCAGGAAACAAGAGAAACCAUGGCAGAGGUCUUGCAACAUCCGCGGAUAUCAGGGAAACCAGUGCUAGUCCUUGCCAACAAACAGGACAAAGAGGGGGCUCUGGCCGAGGCAGACAUCAUUGAAAACCUGUCGCUGGAGAAGCUCGUCAACGAGAACAAGUGUCUCUGUCAGAUCGAACCAUGUUCCGCUGUUUUGGGCUACGGCAAGAAGGUCGACAAGUCGAUCAAGAAGGGCCUAAACUGGCUCUUAAACAACAUCGCCAAAGACUAUGAGGCCAUCACUGAGCGCGUGCAGAAAGACACGGCAGAACAGCACGCCCAAGAGGAGCAGGACAAGAAGGAGAGGGCGGAGAGGGUGCGGAGAAUAAGAGAAGAGAGGGAGAGACAAGAACGAGAAGAAGCAGAGAGGGAGGGGCGGCAACUGCAGGAAGACGAUCUCGAUGAAGACAACAUACCCAAUCCAUUCCAGCCAAUCGAAAACAUCAACGAUGAAAAAGAGAAAGAGCGAAAAAGGCAAAUCGAGCUACAAGAGAAGCUUAAAGACAGCGGUCACGAGGAAGAGGAGGAGGACAACAGUGAAGAGCCAAACGACACAAGGCAACACUCUGAAAAUGGCAGCUCAUCGACGGUGGGCGAGCAGAGCAAGAAGAAGACGAGGAAGUUGCAUCUGAAGAGGAAGCACAGGGUGGACCCACUGAAGACCGACGAAGGGCCGACGGAGAGUCCUACGCCGCCACCUCCUCCGGUGGGAUGGGCCACACCCAAAGCUUCUAGACUGCCAAAACUAGAACCGCUGGGAGACUCAAAGCAUUCUGAUUUCUUCAAGAAGCCACUGCCACCUGUCGCCAACCGGCCCGGCGCGCGGCCCAAUGGCGAUUCUCAUGAUGUUGUUUUUUAAAGCCAGCGGAGUGUGACCAAGAAUCACCGAAGUCCGGGGCAGAAGCCAACGGAGGUGGAAGAACGACUUAAACACGACUAUAAUGAUCAAAAAGACACUCAUUUGAAAAAGCACUCGCAUUAUGUCUACGCCUUGAAUGCCAUGUUUGUAAAAUACUACGUCGACUGAAAUGUUCUCUAUCAGUGUUUAGAUGGUGUCGGUACCACUUGGCCAUUUAUUUGUAAGCAUAUCUUUUAGCAUACCGCCGCGUAUCCAUAACUGGUUGUUUACACGCUACUGAAAAUAAAAAUUGUUACCCAUUUUGAGCAAAAACUGUAAUUUAGCAAAAAACCAGCAGCAGGGCCACAUGUGGCUAGAGCUGUAGUCCUCGUCUCAAGAGGUUUUCCACAGCCGAGCGCUCCAAAUGUAAUAAUUUUAGACGCCUUUUUAUUUUAAUAGUACAAAAUGAGGAUGAGUCACAGUUGAAUCACAAGCGCCGGUUAAGGAAAUUAUUCUCGGAGGCAAGAUUGGCAAAAGAUUGGUGUAAUUUGCUUCACUGUGCUGUAUAUAAAAGGGGUACACUACGUAAUCUUGUUUUUUUUUUUUACUUUUUUAAAUUUAUUUAUUAUAUAGCCAAUGAAAAACAGAGAUUGGGGACGUUUUUAGCCUUGGUACAUUACUACACAUUACUGUAUAAGUCCUACCAGCAUCUUGUAUGAUAUAAACUUGUCCACAGGGCUAUUUUUACAUUGCUGUAUACACUGUUUUGUUUUUAAAGUGAUAUUUCUCUGGAGGUUUCAAAUCCCAUAGCAGGCUUACAACCUCUUGUGGGAUUCUUGCGUUCCUGUUUUUGGACUCGUCAGCCGACCAGAAAUAGCCGGAUCUCCAAAAACAUACAACCUUGGAACAGCUCUGUGUCCCAGUUUUCCGGAGUGUGCGGAAACGAGGAGAGCGGCGAAAGUUCAUUUCUAAUUUGGACUAAACUUUAGAAAACUUGACAGGGAUUGUAGCGGGUCUGAUGGGAGCUAGGUCCAUCUGUGUCUCUUUGAAGUAUCACUUUAAAAUGUCAUUUGGAAACUAACCUUCAUUGUUACGAAUGUAGAUGUUUGAAAUAUUUUUAUAUGCGGCUUUACUUUUAUAA